GUUUGGUAAAAAAAUCACAACAAACAACAACGAUUUAGAAUAUUAAGUUAUAAAGUAAAAUGUCUGGCUUAGUGGUUACUCUAAGUUCUUCAGAAGAUGAAGACGUGACGCCUUCGAGUAGUAAACAAAAACAGGAUGUCUUGUAUGAUUAUUUAGAUGUUAUACCUGAAAAUGUGAUAUCCAGGGAACAUAUUUUAUCAGAUGUAGCUAGUAGCAGUAAAAGCUUAACCCAACAAGAGAAGAAGAAGACUAAAGCAUUGGAAAAAGAAGCCAAGAAGAGAAAGCUGCAGGAAGACAAGAAGGACAGGGCGGUUCGCAUUGAGAUGAACAAAGUGUACAAACCUGGGGAAUGUAUGCAGUAUAUCAAUGUGGUGAUCAACGAGAAUUUGUUACGUAAAUGGUACAUGACAAGUGUGGAGCAAGAGGUUACUGCAGCAGGAGCCAACAUUGAGCAACAGUCUGAGGAGCAGGACAUUAUCACCUGGACUAGGAGACUGCCUCUGACACUGGACAAAUACUUUGGGAAGUCAAAAAAGCCAAAUGAGGAGCAGUGUGACCACGCUCUAUGCAUAAUGGAGGUAGACCGUGUGACGCGGCUGGUGCGGGACAACGCUCUCGCCAGGACUAUGAUUGAGUGCAAGGAACGAUUGCAAUGCAAGCUCACGCUAGUCGUCGUACAAGUAGAAGCGUACUUCAAGUCAAAAAGUGGACGAAAGGACAUGAGUAAUAUUGAUUUCGAACUGGCUUUGACAGACGCGAUAGUGACGGCAGACUGUGACGUGGUGACGGUAGAGACGGCGCAGGAGUUGGCGGAGACAAUCGUGCGGUUCACUAAGGCCAUUGCUGAUGCACCCGCCAAAAAAGCGAAACGUGAAAUUGAUGAAUUAUCCAGUUUCUACAUGAGAGGUGUUAACAAGAAUUGCGUUGCUAUUACAAAUAAUGGAGCCGGUGUCUCCCAGCUGUGGCAGCAGAUGUUGGCCGUACUGCCGCAGUCGAGCCUCGACAUCUCUCGGGCAGUCUGCGCCCAGUACAAGUCACCGCUCGCCAUGUAUGAGAGCUUUCAAGAGCCAGAUGCCCUAGAACAGUUAUCAAAUUUAGGCGUGUCCCGUUCAGGCGUGGCCGGGGCUAAGCAACGAAAACUCGGGCGAGAGUUCGCGCUCAAAUUGCACACCCUGUUCACUGCAACAUCGGGAGACGUUAUCGUAGGAGAACAAACUGAUGAAUGAAAUAAAUUAUUUUUGAAGUAAU